AGAAAUAUUGAUAAUUUAUCUCCAAUCUGUCUUUCGAUUUUUCCAGGUCAAGGUGGUAUCAAUCAACUUGGGGGCGUGUUUGCCAAUGGUCGACCCCUCCCCAUCCACAUACGUCACCGCAUUUUGGAACUGGCUCAUCUUGGACUCCGCCCAUGUGAUAUCUCGAGACAGCUACUCGUAUCCCAUGGUUGCGUCAGUAAGAUACUGAGCAGGUUUGCUGAAACGGGAUCAAUCUUACCGGGAGCCAUUGGCGGGAGCAAACCCCGUGUGUCCACUCCCGCUGUGGUGACACGCAUCGCACAGUACAAGCAGGAGAACUCCUCCAUGUUUGCCUGGGAGAUCCGGGAGCGAUUGCUCCUGGAUGGAAUCUGCAGCAAGGAGACACUGCCCAGUGUGAGCUCCAUCAACAGGAUCCUCCGAAACUGCUCCUCCGAACCCGAGGACAGAAAAGAGAAUUUGAACGAAGAUCCAUUGCUUCACACCAAAGAUUCGGAUUGCCUUCACCUACCAAGCAGCCUGUCCCCCACAUCACCGAGACGGUUUCCCGAUGACAAGAGGUCCCUGUCGACGUCACCGACCGACGUCUCGUCCAUGACGCCUUCAUCGCGACGAUCGUCCUUUGCCGUCGACGACAUUUUAGGGCUUCGAGAUCCCCAGCCGACAAAGAGAUCAAGAAUUGAAAUCGUCAGGAACGACAAGGGUAAUCCUGACGAGCCAGAUCAAAAGAAGGCCCGACGGGAGUCGGGAGAUGUUGGAGAUUGCGAUGUUAAGAAAUCUGUAGAGCGCCCUCCAUCAGACAUUCCUCUUCCCCAAGCAGAAAAAUGGCUCGACAAUAAGGCACUGAAAUUAUUACAGCAGCAUUCUGGAGCCGACGGGUCCAAAGCAGUGGUGGAAUUACCUCCUUCGACGACAUUUCUUCCAACCCGACUUCCAUCCAUUCCCCCUCAUCAUCCACUGGCGAACACCAACCUCCCUCUGGCACGAUGGGCGUUACCGUUCCUUACUCUCCGAGGAGGGCAACACUUCCCACAGCACCAAAGACCGGCCCUACCGUUUCACCCCGCUACCAUACCCCACCACCCCCAUCACCAUUCCCAACCCACGAUACAGCCUCCGCACAUCAUACCACACCAAUCUUUCGUGCCUCAUCCCGGCAUUCCGCAUCCUGCCAUGGUGCACCCGAGAUUCGCUCUUCCGAUCAUGGAUCGAGACGAACACGAUGUUCCCGCGGGAAAAAGGAGCGCUCUCAAACCCGCCAUUAUCGGGAACGACAUCAAGCCCCGCAUCAUGCCGUUCUGCAUUCCCGCCGCUGUUCCAAGUAAACUGAUACCAUCAUAAUGAAAUGCAUGCUUUCCAGCAUAUAUAAUGACUAUUAGACUAUUGUACUUUACGAUCAAUCAAAGUUGUACAUAAUGAUGACAAUAUGCUGAUUUCUUUUUUCCAAAGCGAAUUGACAAUCGUAUCUCAGUAAUGAGAUUCACCUACGUUUUGUUUUCAGUCACACGAACGAGGGAAGCCUGUGAAACUUCUCAAGAUUCUCCCCUUCUCAUAAACCUUUACAACAAUAUGAUAUAUCUGAUAACCAUAACUAUUAGGUUUCUGAAACAAUAAUGGUUGAAGUUUUUUUUGUCAUUGAUCAAUUUCAUCAGCAAUACUGUAAAUAUCAUGUUCAUCACACAUUUUCCAUAUGUUGUGUUCUACAGAAGUCGAAGAAUUGCAAAAGUCACAGUAUAAUGGCUUAAGGGAGAAUGCAUUUUUUCGGAUAAAGAUUUCUUUACAAGAUUUCUUA